AUGGACAAGUCUAACAAACCACCAGGCGAGCCCGAGCUCGAGGGAGAUCAUGGGAUCAUGAUGCAGAACUUCGAGAAGCACCUGGGGGAUGAAGUUACCAGCGUGCCAGACGAGAAGAAACGCCUUAUCGACGCAGUCGACGGUGCAAGUGUUGACGUGACAGUAGAACCUACUGCUCGAUCGCUAAGAAUAUGCAAGAAACUCAACAUGUUUGACUCUAGCAUCUUCGAAGGGAAAACUCCCUUGAUUCUGGGGGCUGCUGAAAACGCUCCCAUUAGGAGCCUACAACUCUUACUGGACCGAGGUGCGAGCCCGCACGUCGCGUGCACUCAAGGAAGAACAACGGCCCUGAUGCAUGCUGCAUGCUCCAACUACUCAGAGGUGGUAAAACUGUUACUGAGUCAUGACUUCAAUCCCGACGCUCGCGAUAAUGAUGGUUGGACAGCCCUAUUGCUCGCUGCGAAUUCGAAGCAGGGCAGCAACAAUGGCCUCGCUGUCAGAACAGUCCAGCAACUCUUGGAUUCUGGUUUCGAUCCCAGAGCCGUAGGUUUCGAUGGGAGCACCGCCAUCCACAUAGCCGCAUUUCAAGGAAACACCGAGCUUAUGAAUAUACUCUUGGAACACGGACUCGACGUGGAUGUUAGGAGCCAUGACGGCUCCACGGCGUUGAUGAGAGCAGCUAUGGCAGGACAUUUGGCAGCUGUCCGCAAGCUGAUUCAAGCCAAAGCGGAUGUCAAUGCCGCCGAUGGUGAUGGCAGGACAGCGAUGAUGUGGGCGAUGAGCAGAGUCUGCCACGUGGGGGUCCUGAAUCAUCUUCUUGGUCGAGGAGCGGACCUCCAUAUUCAACUUCUGACAGAUGGUGACACUUUGUUGCAUGACGCUGCUCGGAUGGGCAAUCUGAAAGGUGUCCGGUUUCUAUUGGAUAACCAGCUGAAUAUUGAGAGCCGCAACAAACUGGGCAAGACCCCGCUGAUGCGCGCAAUAAGUGCAAACCAGGUGGAAGUAGUCAAGCUCCUUCUAGACCGUGGAUCGGACGUCAACGCACGGGGCGAGCUGGUGAAGGUGUCUGACUUUACCGUCUCUACAUCCCCCUUAACUGAGGCGAUAGAGAUCGGAAACCUCGACAUAUUACAACAGCUUCUGGCCAAGGGGGCCACAAUCGGCGUACCCGAGCACGAGGAAGAGACAGCCCUUCUAUUCGCUCUAUCACGUGGACGAAGGGAGCAGGACAAGGUCGUUUCUUUGUUUCUGGACCGCGGAGCCAAUGCUAAUUACAACGAUUCUAAGACUAAGACGACUCUCUUGCUCUUGGCAAUCCGCCACAAUCGCUUCGGUUGCACAAAUCUCCUCCUGGAGCGUGGCGCAGACGUGGACUACGAGGAGCGCAACGGCUUUACUGCCUUGUUAUAUGCCGCGCGGUGGGGUGAUGCACAGAUUGCAGAGACGCUCUUGAGCCACGGGGCCAAUAUUGAACAUCAAGACACAAAUGGAUUUACUGCGUUGGUGCUAUCGGCGACCAAGGGGCAUUUAGCAGUCGUACGCCUACUUCUAGACCGUGGCGCCAAUAUCGGCCACCAAACUAUAAAACUUGGAGUGACUGCCUUGAUCAUGUCCACCAUGAAUGGGCACAUAGAAGUAGUGAAAGUGCUCCUAGACCAUGGAGCGGAAGUUGGCCAGCAAGACGAACAAAGCGAGACUCCCCUGACCAUGGCCGCGUCUAGAGGGUGUGCCGAGGUUACCAGGAUGCUUUUGGACCGCGGAUCGGACCCUGACCACCGAAACGCAGCUGAUAUGAGCGCACUGGCAAUAUCGACACAGAAGGGACAUUUGAGCGUUGUAAAGAUCCUCCUUGAGCACGGGGCUGAUGUCAACAUCACUACGGCCAAUUGGAAUACCCCCUUGAUCAUUGCAUCAAGAUUUGGCUAUGAGCAGAUAGCUGAGGUAUUACUCAAACGAGGGCCCAAUAUUGAGGCCUGCGAUGAUGAGGGAGAUCCGGCUUUGCUCGUUGCAGCGGCACGUGGGCACACUGAAAUCACGAAAUUACUUCUGGACUAUGGCGCUCAGCUGAGCUCUGUUUCGCCUUCGAAGAAUAAUAGAAGCACGCUAGCUUUGGCGUCGCUGGGUGGUCACGAAUCAGUAGUCAGGCUUGUGCUUGAACGACAGGCGCAGAUCGAGGUCUACGACGACAACAGAGACUCUUCCCUGACCUUAGCAGCAUUGAAUGGGCACGAGGGAGUGGUGAAGAUACUUCUGGAAGCGGGGGCAAACGUAAACACAGCCACACAGCGUGCGGACGGAGCUGUUACUCCUUUGCAGAUAGCAUCGAGUCGUGGUCACCACGGGGUGGUACAAUCACUUCUUGAAGGCGGUGCCAAUCCUGAGGCUCCUGAUGGGAAGGGCCUUACGGCAUUGAUACUUGCUGUCCAAAACGGACAUGUCAAAACUGUCAAGGCGCUCGUUGAAGGAGGGGCCAGUAUCGAAGCUCGUAAUCAAUAUGGCAACACGGGACUGCAUCUCGCCAGCUUAAGCGGAUAUGCUGAAGCUGCGAAAGUUCUCCUCGAGGCAGGGGCACGCACCGACACCCUCGAUCAAAGGGGCCGUACUGCAUUGCAUUGGGCCAGCUUUUACGGGCAUGCUGGAGCCGUCAAGGCGCUUAUUGAAGGAGGGGCACGCACCGACACCCUCGAUCAAAGGGGCUUUACAGCAUUGCAUUGGGCCAGCUUUUACGGGCAUGCUGGAGCUGCGAAGGUCCUCCUCGAGGCAGGGGCACGCACCGACACCCUCGAUCAAAGGGGUAAAACAGCAUUGCAUUGGGCCAGCUUAAAAGGGCAUGCUGAAGCCGUCAAGGCGCUUAUUGAAGGAGGGGCAAAUAUAGAGGCUCCCUUGCAUGACGGCAGCACGGCUCUAGUGCGUGCGGUGGCCGAUAAGAAGGAGGCAGUUGUAAAAGUUCUAGUCGAGGGGGGCGCAUCUACUCAAGUCCGAGAUCCUCGCACCAAUACACCCUUGAUCAUUGCGAUCACCAAGGACAGUGAGGCGUCAUUUGAGGUCCUUGUGCAGGCCGGCGCCGAUAUCAACGCCUCCGGAGAAGGGCACAUGUCGGCCCUUAGCUACGCUGCUCUCGAAGGGCGUACCAGAAUGACCAAGAUGCUCCUUGAAGCAGGUGCCAAAGUCGAAGGAUGUCCCGGAGAAGUCGGUUCACCCUUGAUUUGGGCCGUGCGAAAGGGUUUCUUGCCCACGGUUCAGGCCCUUCUAGAGGGUGGAGCUAAUGCCGGAAUCGAGGCACACGAUCAUGAUGGUCAUACAGCUUUGACUUGUGCGAUAGAGCGCAAUUCUGCCGACUUGAUUCGAGCCCUUCUCAAAGCUGGGGCGAAUAUCGAAGGUCGACAUAAGAAUGGACGAACCCCUUUGCUUAUUGCAGCAGCUGACGGACACCCUGUUGCUGUGAAGACGCUUCUUGAGGCGGAGGCGGACGUUGAUGCUUCGGAUCCGAUCAAGGGCUUGACUGCUUUGAUGUGGGCCUUACGGAUGCGGCAUAAAGAGGUGGUUGAAAUCAUGCUUGAAAAAGCACAGGAGACUUCCCAUCUUGAGGUCGGCGCGGCGGAUGAACCAGUAUUAGCUUGGAUUUUCAAUCGCUUCGAGUCCCUGAUGGCGAAAUUUUUGUCCACAGCAAGCAAGUCCAGGACAGAGAUCGAGGUGAUGCGACGCCGCCUUGCGAACUCCGAAAAGCCUAGUCGCCGGACCAUUGCAUCUUACAUGAGAUGCGUCGACCAUCAGGUCAUCAGUAAGGAGGAUGAGCUGUCCUCUUGUGAACUGCCUGGGUGCUUUCAGUUGUGGAAGAAAAUGCUGGGCUUUUUAACAGAUCUACUGUCCCGGCAAGGUGUCUUGGGCGAAGUGCUUGAGCUCUGGCAGAGCGUCGAGAGUUUGAUAAAUGGUGCGACUCAACAUAUCGUAGCUGUUGGAUACCAGGGCCAAUUGAAGGAAGAUUAUCGACUCUCUCAGUCGGAGGCAGCCGGCUUGCAAAACCAGAUGAUUGAGCUUAUUGACAUGAUCCGCGAGGAAGCUCUGGUGUUCUUCGAAUCGCCUCCCGAAAAUAUGUCAUUGCGUUCAUCACCUUUGAUUCAAUCCUCAGAGUCUUCGAGCACACCUAAGACCCCCGAAAAGUACCCAUCGAGGAAGGACUUGGGGAACAACUUGGAUCUAAGCAGCGUGGCCCCUCCUGCUCCUAAGCGUGGAGAUGCCUGGGAGAAAUUUGCAUUCUGGCCACCAUGGUCUAACUCUAGGAGCGGAGCCCACUAUCUCCCCAAAAUGCUAGCACUCGUCGCCUCUGGUGCGUGUGACAUGGCCUCCAUCUCUCCCAUUUGGCGAGAAGAUACAGAUGGUUUGGAGAACCUCAAGCGCUUGGUUGGUGUGGCUCGAGAGAGGUGCGUAGUUGCUCUCUGUCAAGCUUGGCACCAGGAUGCCGAAACUUUCAAGUUCGUGGAGGAUUGGGUGCAGCCGGACGACGGUGGCGGCAUUACCAUGAUGCCAGCCUCUUUGGCCGCGUUCGAAGGUGCCGUCUUGAGCGGUAUGCAGAAAAUACUUUGCAUUCCCAGCGCUGUUUCUAAGCCCGAGGCUGCCGAUCUCGUACCACCACCACCACCACCGAAGAUGUGUCAGAUGAUACAGAGCCAAUACAUCACGACGAUCAAUGUUGUUUUGGGUGGCAUGGCCGAAAAUGCUGAAAUGUCUGCGACAAGUGUAGAUGAGGAUGACGAGGACAGCGAUGUAGAGAGUGAUACAGCCGCGAGUGGUCCGGCGAGUGGACAAGCCCCGAAAGCCGAAAGUGGGGGCGCCGCCAGUGCUUGUGAUCAGAAUACGCAUAUGCUCUUAACGAUUGGGAAUAUCAAACACCUCCAAACUAAAGUCCUGCCUAGCCUCAAUGACCAGCUUGAGAACGUCAUCUCCACCAAGUUCGCCGAAGGGAGGAACCAGCUCUCCGACGUGCUGCAAAACAUUGGCGCACGUAUCUUCCAGUCAUACACGCGGCUGAUGGUCCAGAAAUUGGCCGAAGCUAUCAGCACCGGCGUGACAUUACCCAACUGGAUGCCGGCGCCGGGCCGAAAGCCACGCAACGCGAGUCCCUUUACGUAUCAUGUUCUACGAGAGAUCGUGGUGGUAAAAAAGGAUGUCUUAGCAACGGCGUCGGCGAGUCUGGCGACACAUGUGGUUUCGGUUCUGCUGGAGACAGUGUGCGCCGAGAUGAUCAAGGCGCUUGGCAGUUAUACGUCCUUGAACUUGGAGGGCUUGAUGCAGGCCACGAUCGACUCCGAAUUCCUCUAUCAGGUCCUGUCGCACUACACGACCCCGCGGGCGUCAGAUCUGCAGUCGCGGGAAUACAAGAUGCUCGACGGCCUCAUAGACAAUAAGAUUCGUGGUGCUUUGGCAAUGGAGAUGCCUGAAAUGCGCAGUGUGCUUAAGCGCAGGAGAAGGGCUUGCAUGGGGGAAUUCAGUUGCUUGCGAAAGCCUAAGAAAAAUUAUUUCAAGCAUGACUAG